CUAAACGGCUUUUGGCAGUCACCGGGUCUAGUCAGUAGAGGAGCAUCAAGCUCAGACCUCUACGCUGCUGGAAGGAUCUAUUACAUUGAAAAAAAUUAGCAGAAGGCACAGUGUGACCAGACUGCUGCCUGAAAGGGAACAGAGCUGAGAGCACUGAGGACUGUGAGCAGAGAAUUCUGAAUCAGGAGACCUCGAGAGGAAAGCCAAGAUGUGGAAGAAGUCAAAGGUGACCGAUCAAACUGCCACUGGGCAGGCGGUCGACGAUUCAGAAGGAGUUCAACCAGACGACAAAGGCAUCAAGAAAAAGUCAAAGGUACCCGGUGUCAUGAUAACGCAGUUUAUGGAGGAACUUCCAGAGGGAAUGACAACUCCAGAUUUCACCCGCAAACCCAUUGCUCUGACUAUUCAAGAGGGUAAAUUGGCAGUCUUUAAGGCCAUAGUUUUGGGCACCCCUACACCUACUGUAACAUGGAGCAGAACAAUGGGAGAUAUACAUUUUCACCCCGACGUGUGUCAACAAAAGUAUGAUGACGUAUCUCACGAACAUACCAUUGAGUUCCCCAAGGUCUCUCCAGAGGAUGCAGACACCUACAAGUGUUUUGCAACAAAUGAAUAUGGAAGGGCUGUUUGCACUGUUGCCUUGAAUGUUAUUGAAGUUGGAUUCUCCAAGACCAAGGAACUUCAAAAGCAACAAGGAGAAGAUGUAACGGACUUAAGAAAAAAGCUUAAAAAACGUAAUCCUGAUGGAACACGUGAGCAAAAGCCAAUGGAGCCAGAAGAGAAGGUCUGGGAAAUUCUCCUUAGUGCAGACAAGAAAGACUAUGAGCGCAUCUGUGUAGAGUAUGGUAUCACAGACUUCCGCCGCAUGCUAAAGAAACUCAAUGCAAUGAAGAAAGAGAGAGAGGAAGAGAUUGCAGAGUUUGUUUCACACGUCGGUAAACUGAAACCUAUUGAAGUCAAUGAUAAGGAUUGUGCAACGAUUGAAUUGGAAAUGGAUCUCAAAGAUCCUAGCAGCAAAGUUUUCCUGUACAAGAAUGGCGUCAUGGUUCCAUUCACCAUAGAAGACAGCGAGGAAAUGAAGCAUAGUUUGAAACAAGUUGGCAAGAAAUAUAUAUUCAAAAUUGGUAAACUAAGUUCAGAAGAUGCUGGACUCUACUCAGUGGAUGUUGGGGGUGUCAAUGUAUUCUCCACAGAAUUUAAAGUGCCUAAUGUUGACUUUGCUGUCAAAAUACAAGAGGUUACAGCAGAAGAACGAGGGGACGCCCUCUUCCAAUGUGUCCUGACUGCCCCUCUGAAUGAGAUGAAAUGGAUGGGCAAAAGCACUCCGCUGACCAAUGGUGAAAAAUUUGAAAUCACUGUAUCUGAAGAUAAGCUUAUCCACAAGUUGAUUGUGCGGGACUGUAUGCCUUUGGACGCUGGUAUCUACGCUGCUGUUGCAGGAAUCAAAUCAUGCAAUGCCUGGCUUAUAGUUGAAGCUGACAAAGAUCCCGCAAACAAGGGCAAGAAGGCAACUCGCAAAACUACUAUGGCUGGAGGCGGCAAUGAUGAAGAUCUGAUGAGAAUAGCUAAGGAACAGCAGGAAAAAUAUCAGAAAGAAAUGGAAGAAAGAAUGGAGGCUGCCAAGAAGGCUCAAGCUGAGAGAGAAGUUACAGAAGCAGCUGCCCGAGCACAGGCUGAAGCAGCUAAAAAGGCAGCAGCUGAAGAAAAAGCUGCAGCUAUGGCAGCUGCAAAGGCAAAUAAGGCAGCAGGCGGCAAGGAUGCAGCUGGAGGUGCUGGAGGUGCUGGAGGGGCUGGAGGUGCUGGAGGUGCUGGAGGGGCUGGAGGUGCUGGAGGUGCUGGAGGGGCUGGUGCUGCAGGCGGUGCUGGGGCUGAUGGAACUGGCAGUGGCAAAGGUGCAGGUGCUGGUAAAGGCAUUGGAGCUAGUGCUGGUGGUGCAAGUGGGGAAGUUGGAGGAGAAGAUGGAACUGGAGCUGGGGGCGGAGCUGGAGCUAAAGGUGGAGCUGGGGGCGGGGCUGAGGCCGGAGCUGGAGGGGGGGAUUCAUUUGAAGAUUUUGAUGAAGAAGGUAAAAGAAAAGGAGCAAGAGGAGGAGAGGGAGAAGGAGAAGAUGGAGAGGGAGGAGAAGGAGAUGGAGAAGGAAAACAACGGAAGAAACGUGUGAGAGAUGGUCCACUUGUUCCCGACACAGUGAUAGGAGAUAGUAUUGAUGAGGAAACCACAUAUCAAGAAGGUGAAAAUUCUGGGAAAAAAGGAAAACGUCCCAAAAAGAAAAAUGUGGAAGUCACAGAAGCUGUUGUUGCAAAAAACACAGAAGCGAGUGGUGCCACUGGAGAUAAUGGAAACGGGCCAGCAGCAGGCUGUGAUGUAUCUGCUGAAAAUGGUGAGGAUGCGGACGCCGGUGAGUCAGCAGCAGCUGGCACGCGUUCAGGCCGUGCACGGCAAGGCCCAUUGAUCGUGGAAACAGUUAGUGACCCAGGAGUUCACUUUCAUGCUGGGCUUUCUGACUGCAAAGCCAUUGUUGGAGAAGCAGCAGAGCUGGAGUGUAAAGUGAGCAGGGAAGACUGUGAGGGAAUCUGGUACAAAGAUGGAAAUGAGAUUAAAUCAUCUGAGGGUAUAACCAUUUCAAAGGAAGGAACUUUCCACAGGCUGAAAAUUCACAAAGUCACAGAGGAAUUUGCUGGAAAAUAUAAAUUUGAAGCAGAUGGGCGGAAGACAGAGUCCUUGAUUAUUGUUGAAGAUCCACCCAGAUUUUCUACUGAGGACCUGGAAGCAUUUAAAAGCACUAUAACCGUGAAAAAAGGACAAAAAGCUACCUUCAAACUACCUUAUGUUGGACGGGAACCUAUAAAAAUUCAGUGGUACCUUGAGGGUGAAGAGCUUUCAGAAGAAGCAAAUAUUAAGUUUGAUCACUCGGAGGAUUGCACCUGCCUGUUCCUAACUAAGCUGCAGCGCAAGGACAGCGGUGAAGUCAAAUUAAAACUCAAAAAUGAGUUUGGCACCGUCGAGGCCUUCAGCCAGCUAGUUGUAACGGAUAAACCCACUCCUCCAAUGGGACCUCUGGAAAUUGUUGAAGCCUCCUCCUCUGCACUUGAAUUCAAGUGGAGGCCCCCAAAAGACAGUGGUGGCUGUAAGAUAGGCAACUAUAUCCUUGAACGAAAUCAAGUUGGCCGCAACACCUGGAAGAAGGUGGGGCCAAUUGGUCCAGAGGCCAAAUACAGGGACACUGAUGUAGACCAUGGCAGGAGGUACUGCUAUCGCUUAAGAGUGGAGACUGAAAUGGGCACCAGUGAGCUGAUGGAAACAGAGGACCUUCAAGCUGGAACAAAAGCAUACCCUGGACCUCCAUCAGCCCCAAAGGUUGUAAGUGCCUUCAAGGACUGCAUCAACCUCUCUUGGUCUCCUCCAUCUGACACUGGAGGAACCAAUAUUCUGGGAUACAAACUUGAAAAACGCAAGAAGGGCAGCAACCUGUGGGGCGCAGUAAACACAGCUGAUGACAUGAUCAAAGGUAAGGGAGUCGGUGUGAAAGAUGUUGUCGAGGGUAUGGAGUACGAAUUCCGUGUGUCAGCAAUCAACAACUCUGGAGCGGGUGAAUUUAGUACACCAUCUGAGUUUGUGUUUGCCAGAGACCCUAAAAAGCCUCCUGGUAAAGUCAUAGACUUUAAAGUGACAGAUUCCACCUACACAACCCUGUCCCUGUCUUGGACCAAACCCAAGGACAUUGAGGGGGUUGAGGAUGAAGCCAAAGGAUAUUUUGUGGAGAUCAGGCCUGCAGAAAAUACUGAAUGGGAUCGCUGCAAUGCAAAUGCAAUAACCUUGAAUUUCUAUACAGUGAAAGGCUUGAAGUCCAUGGCCAUGUACUGGGUGAGAGUCAUUGCUACUAAUGAUGGAGGACAGGGAGAGCCACAGGAGCUGGAUAAUUACAUCCUUGCUAUGCCCCCUCCAGUGAGACCACGAUUCACGGAUGCCAAAAUUAAGAGUUUCAUGAUAGUGAGAGCAGGAAAUUCUGCACGAUUCAACAUUAACUUUGAGGCCUCUCCUUGGCCUGAGGUCAUCUGGCUGAAAGAUGGAGUACCAGUGUCUAAAAAGGUGACCAUCAGCAAUUCAGAGGGAACAUCCCAGCUUCUGAUUCCUUCUGCUGAGCGCAGAGAUACUGGAAUCUACACUAUCAUUGUCAAGAAUAUUGUCGGCCAAGAAUCAUUCAGCACUGAAAUUAGAGUCACAGAUGAGCCAAAGCCACCAGGUCCCGUGGAGACAGACGAAAAUGUGCCUGGCACAGUGACUGUUUCGUGGACUGCAUCUCCAGAUGAGAAACGUGAUGACAGGCUGCACUACAUGGUGACUAAACGUGAUUCAACUAAGACAGCAUGGCACACCAUUGGAGAUCACAUCUUCAACAAUAGAUUCACAGUCUGCAACAUAAUGCCGGGAAGAGAAUACCAGUUCAGAGUCUAUGCAAAGAAUGACAUGGGCGCCUCCAAACCCUCUGAAUCACAAAAGUGGCUUAUUCCUACUAAAAAAGAAAAGUUUACUAUGAACAUGCCAGAAACCAAGGCAUGUAAUCUACAGUGUCCUCCCAAGUUCAUUGUCCCAUUGAAAAUGCACACUGCUCCUCAAGGGUAUGAAUGCUACAUGAGCUGUGCUAUAAAAGGGGAUCCAACACCUCAUGUGACAUGGCUCCGCAACAGUAUCAGUCUGAAUACCAACACUAACUACUUCAUCUCCAACACCUGUGGAGUCUGUUCUCUGCUUAUAUUGAGGGUUGGACCUAAAGACUUCGGGGAGUACAAGGUUGUCGCAGAAAGCUCUUUGGGGAGGGCAGAGUGCUCCACUAAACUGACAGUCAGAGAAUAAAUGAACACACUGAAGAUGUUUUAAGAAGAAUUGUUCUAAAAUGCUUACAGAAACCAAGUUGUGGUAAUUUGCAUACUGCAUCUUUAGAGUUAAACAAAUCCUGUCAAAUGUAGAAUGAAUGAUUAUUUAAUAUUGCCUGUGAUACUUUCCUUAUAGGUCGUUAACUCUAUGACAAAUUCCUAUACAGGCUGGCAUUUAUUUAAAGUGAAACUAAAUAAAGUCUUAGGCCAACACACUUUGCCAAAAAAAAAAGCCACAAACGUGUUUUGUUUGUUUUGAUUUCAACUGUGCAAUCCUCAAUAAAAAUGCAAGCUUGAAAUACUAGUGUGCAAUUUGGCAUAUUUUAAUGGUGGUAAUAUGCAUGUUAAACAGCAAAGUAUUUACAGUACAGGACACUGUGUAGCAGUGAUUCAUUAAUUUAAAGUGUUAAUUUAAGGUUUGUCUAAAGCAUCUGCUUGUGUCAAUUACUUUGUUUUAGAUGUAUAGUGAUUGUUUGGUUGCAAUUGUUUUUCCGUAAUUGUGGAUUUUCAAUCAUCCUUUAUAGUGAAACUGAGAUGAAAAAAAAUACUGACAUGACAAAUGUUUAUGAUACUGACUGUUAGUAUUGUGAGUAUGUUAUACAUAUGAAAAUGUGUGGGUUUAGUGUAAAUAAAGACUUCAUACUGUUA